AUGGCUUCUUCAAAGGGACCUGGAUUAUAUGAGUUCCUUAUAGAAGCUGAACUUCAGCAAUAUUAUGCUGGAUUUAAAAAUGAUCUCAAAGUACAAAAUGUUCCACAAUUAAAAUAUGUCACCGAAGAUGAUCUUGUAUCGAUUGGCAUGUCCAAACCAGAAAUGAGACGGUUAAAAAAAUUUUUUCAAAGGCAUUUCCCUCAAAAUUAUUUAUCUAAAUUUAAAAAGUUAAUAUUAUCGAGACGAGAAGAAAAUCAUGACUCGUCAUUAUCGGUAACGAACGACGUUGCAGAAAAGCCAAGCGUUAAAGUGCCCAACAAGCAUAUAAUACCGGCCGAAUCGAUAGUCGUCAACAAAGAGUUGGGCCAAGGAGAAUUCGGUACCGUUCAACAGGGCGUGUGGACGGACGAAGAUGACAGAAUACAAGUCGCCAUAAAAUGUUUGAGCAGAGAAAAAAUGCAAAAUAAUCCGAUAGAAUUUCUCAAGGAAGCUGCCAUAAUGCACGGAAUCGAUCACGAACACAUCGUGAGACUUUACGGAGUUGUUUUAGAUACAAAUUCUCUCAUGCUCGUCACAGAACUGGCUCCACUGAGGUCAUUGCUUGAAUGCCUCAAAGAACCUUCAUUGAGAUGUAAUUUUCCAGUAUUAUCAUUGUGCGAUUUUGCCAUACAAGUAUGUGAUGGAAUGCAGUAUUUGGAGCAAAAACGUUUAAUACACAGAGAUUUGGCCGCCCGAAACAUCUUAGUAUUUUCAAAGAACAAAGUUAAAAUAUCGGAUUUUGGGUUGUCAAGAGCUUUGGGCGUAGGAAAAGACUAUUACCAAACGAAUUUUAACGUUAAUCUCAAGUUGCCUAUUGCGUGGUGUGCUCCAGAAUGCAUAAGUUACUUAAGAUUUACCUCCGCAUCGGAUGUAUGGGCUUUUGGCGUCACUUUGUGGGAAAUGUUUAGCUACGGCUUUCAACCGUGGGCGGCAUUGACGGGUCAUCAAAUACUAGAGGCUAUCGAUGAGCCCAACUUUCAAAGAUUGGAACAACCCGAGUGCUGUCCGAGAGAGUAUUAUAACAUAAUGAUGAAAUGCUGGCAACACGACCCGAACACGAGGCCUAGAUUUUCGGAUCUUAUAAUUAUGUUGCCAGAGUGUAAACCCGAGCAAGUGCAGGCCGUUCAAGAGUUUGUCGAAGAUCCGACAAAAUCUAGACGAGAUCAAUUAGUGUAUCGCGUGGGUGAUGUUAUAACCGUUUUGGAUAAACAACUACAAACGAGUAGUUGGAAAGGUGUGACGAACAGUGGCAGAACGGGUUGGUUUAAUCCGGCGCACACCGUCACAUAUCUUGGAAAUAAUCUUCCCUCGAACAACUUGGCGUUCUCUCGGGGUGACGGUAAAAACAUGUACUCGUCAAAACGUAAAAUUAGACCGGAUAUGAUAUCGGGUCCUCAGGGAGAUUUCAAACACACCGGACACGUCGGCCUAGACGGAGCUUAUUUCGGAGAUUUAUCAUUUUUGGGUGGGAAAAAUCCUAAUCUUCCGCGACAAAUAGUCACCCCUUAUAAACCCCACGAAGAUUCGACGUCGAGCGUGGUCGAUUCGAAUCACGCGGAAUUAAAUAGAAAUUGUUCUGAUGUUUCAGAUUGCACUCCCUUGUUAAAAACGCCGGCGGAAAGUAUUUGGGCGGAAGGAAACAAAGCGAGCAGCACAGACCACGAAUAUCAUGAAAUCAGUGAUGAUGACGAACUGGGUGGAAGUCCUAUUUUCAAGAGCAAUGGACCGAGUUUAAUGGAUGAAAUGGAAUCUGUUUUACGGUCUCUGGGCAGCUCACCCACUCCUCCGCUUCCGACCGAUAGGAAAAAACUUCCUCCACCUUUUUCCCUACCCCUUGGUUCGUCUUUUUCCACGCCCCCAGCCUCACCCCUUGCCGAAGCCAUCAACGUUAAAAACGAAUUGAAAGAAAUGGCGGCAAAAGCUGCGAGACGUAGAAAACAGGCGACGGUCAAACCGAUAUCUGCAGCAGAUGAGAAAACUUUAGAUUCAGCCAUCGCAAUGGCGAACGAACUCACGGCCAAAUCAAUGAGCGAUAUCGAUGGAUGCACUCCCCCCGACUCUCCUCACACGCCUGCCUCACCGUCGAAACGUAAAUUUUCAUUUAGAUUUCCAUCGGUUCAAAAACACAACAGUCCGAAACCGGAAAGGAAAAAUUUCACCGAACAAACAGCUUGUAUUCCAGACAUUCAGGCAUUGUGUGAUAAAUUGCGUUUAAAAACUCUUUCGCCCACACCCACCCCGCCACCGUCUCCUAGGCAACAUGCUGUUUCAUUGAGAAGCAGUUAUUCCUCGCUUAGCAGAGAUUCUUCCCCUCUCAAUUCGCCCUACCACAGGAGCAGCCUUGGAAAUUUCCGUUCGUUUUUAUUCGAUUCGGACGUUCCGAAAUCUUCCAAGGACGCGUACCGGAACGGAAUGGGAAAAAAUCAUUUGGAUAGAACACAUUAUAAUAAACUUCCACCUUGGGAUCAAGCAAGCGCGGAAUUUUAUUUUGCCAGAUCUCGGGAUUUACUGACGAAAGCCAUGACUCAAGUUCCGAGCUGGAGGGGAAAUCGAUACGAAACGGAAAACCGCGGCGUUAAAAAAUACGAAGAGUCGUCCAACAACGGUUUGAACGGUUUGCAGUCAUCCAAAAGAAGUUUUUCGAAAGAAUCCAAAAGAACGUCAAACGGACUGGAAUCCAUGCUCGAUGCCAACCCACUGCUGGGAGACUAUUACGGGAAAGCUUACAAAUACAAAAAGAAGAACGACGUUCCGAACAAUUCUAAUGACAAAACGCAAAAGACUAAUAAUAUAAAUCCAUCCUCCGAGAAGGAAGUGCCUUCGACGACUCCCGAGGUCCCGCAUCAUCAGUCGAACCCCGUCACGCUGCGAAAAUGUGGGUCAAAAGGUCAUCUCAGGCGUCGCUCAUACAAUGAUCGCUAUCUCAGUUCGACGUCCUCGGAUUCAUCGGAUUCUUGUAAUUUGUCCGAAGCCGACAAGCAAAUGAGUUAUCGUUUGAAAAUGCGAAAGCAAAGACGGGGAGGAUCUUUCAGCAACGCUCACGCGAUGUCGCAAAUGAAAAAUCCCCAGACUUUGCUCAACAGUCCUCCGCCGCAGAAUUCUUUUUUGAAUUCCAUAAUAACGUCACCCAAAAACAACAACAACAACAGCAGCAACACAUCGGACAAAAGUAAAUUUUUCGUUUCGAAUUUGAAACCCGCGAAAUCCGAAUCCGUUCAAAAUCGUUCUCUCAACAAUCUGUCAAAAUCGAACAAUUUCCUUCCGUUUCCCGGAUUCGACGAAAAAUGGCCGCGAGACGUGGCCAAAGAUUCAUCGAGUUUAACGUUCACGUCUUCGAACAGUUCGAGUCUCAAUUGGGAAGAAUAUUUGGAAUUGGAUCGUGAAUUUUUAUCAUGUUCGAAUUGUCCUCCGAGUCCGGCUCCUCAGGUGUAA